UGGAUUUGAAUAUCUGUUUUUUUGUACCUCCACGAUCCAAGAUAAAACCGCUUUUUUCGGUUGAGAUAGCUGUUCAGGUCUCUUCCCAUCCAUUAUGUACAAGUAAUCCGGUUGAACUCACAAGCCUCGUCAAACUAAAGCAUAUAGAGCCUCGUCGAAAAUCGGCGCUCACAGGUUGCCAUUGCAGGUGUUGCACGCUAUCAUAACGUACGUUUUUCUUGUCGUUUUCUUCUUUCCAAUAAUGAACAAUACAACGAGCAAAGCAACAAACAACCACAAUCCGAAAUGAAGAAGAAUGCCAAGAACAAACGAAGCAGAAACAAACAMCCAGCUGCAAUCGAGUUGAGCGAGUCCAUCGACAACGGGACAGAUGCGGAACGAAGCGAUCUUGAUGCCGAUACCAUAUCAAUUGACACCUCGUCCAGUGCGUGGACAAUCCCAUUACCGCCAACACGUUCUCCGGCUCGCCGGCAUCACUCGCGACGAUUGAAACCGCUUUAUGAGUCGAAUGCGAACACAAAAACUCCUUUAUUGCGUCUGGUACGUCGUCAGCAGCAUCACGACAAGAAGAACCGCGAUGGAAAUGAGCGAAUGCAUCAGAAUUCAUUGGAUGGUUACGGYAACGAYGGCAUCGAGCAAGGGGGAAGCUUGCCCACGAACCGRCUGUUUGGGGAUUCCGAUGUUCUGUCYCCGGCGGCAGCAACAAAAACGAGGCARCCGCUAGUKGCUAGUAUCUCCAAAGCCACGAACAAGCCGGACGGUCUGGCCGGUUGGUUUUUUGGAUUCAUGUACGAAGACGACUACAACGAAUCGUUUGAUUUCGACGGCGACGAARACGAAGACAUCGAUGGGCUUGCGAGUCCUUGGAACYCCCUAAAUGUGGCCAUAUUUGCAAGCUAUGCGCUCACCACUGCGGCGACGGCUCUCCCAGUGCUGCUGAUUCCUACCAUCGGCCAGGAUUUUCUUGAGGACGAAAACGCGGUCUCUGGGUUUUCUUCCCGUGCGGCCUCCUCCGCCGUUCUCGGGAUCGCCUGCGGGAAGUUUUUGAACGGGCAGGUAGCGGACGUUCUGGGCGCCAGGAGAACUUCGUCGCUAUAUUCGAUGCUGCUGGCAACAGCGCUUCUCGGUCUUGCUAUGUCGCGAAGCGCGRCUUCUGCUACGAACGCAUGCUUUUAUGUCGAGUUCUUUCAGAGCGUUCAGUGGCCCUGUAUCAUUGUGCUUUUGGGCACACACUAUAACCCACCGCACCACACUACUCAGUACGAGAAAGGUAUUUUCAUGACCAGCAUUGCAUCACGGUUCGGUGCUCUCCUGGGUAUCCCCAUUUUUUCCGAGCUACUGCGACAGUCCAAUUGGCGACUGGUGUGUCUUGUCGGAGCCUGGAUCGCAGCAAUCGGGUCCUCGAUCACGUACCUKUAURUUUCUGAUUCCCCGAUGAAGGCGAACGAGCCACAGAACCCGUUGAACCCAAACUUAAUGCAACAAGCGUCGACGCUGGAUCCGAUAAAGAGACCAAAGAGAUGCCUKGUGGUAUCCAUCAAGGUCMUGCGCUCGGUCAUAUCAAACAACGUGAUGCCUUCCUUCAAGCACGUCCUAUCGAGCGGGACGUUUUGGGUUGUCGCACUCGCACACACAGGAUCAUCCAUGGUUCGGAGCUCCACUCGGAUUCUUGGGACCUAUUUUUACGACACGUCUUUUGGAUAUCUGUCGAAAACGAGAGCGGGCGGUCUCGCUAUUUUUUUGUCGCUAGGGACGGUCCUGGGCCUCGGAAUUGCCGGAAACCUCUUUGCUCGGCGCAACGAACGACAGCGAAAAAAACUAGUCUAUAGACUCUAUGUUGUCACGAUYGUUUCCUGUUACUCCCUGGCGUUGCUAGCUAUCCCGCGCCUGCGGCACUUCAUAGAUUCUCCGGACCUCGUCUUGUUUUUCCAGRUCGCCUGCUCCCUCUUCAUGGGGUUCGGAAUCUCCGUCGCGUACUUUCUAAUCCCAGGGCUGGUGGGAUCGGCCUUUGGACGCCACAGGGGCUCGUACAUUGCCUACACCGACGGGGUCGCCUUUGGGAUUUCUUCUCUCGUGUGGAAGAUCGUGGCGAAUGCGGUAGCAGACGGCAAUCCGGAGGGUGGUGGUUGGGCCUAUGGCUGGGCUGCCGUGGCGUUGCUGGUGGUGCUUUGCGCCGUCCUGAUGGUUGAGUUCAUGGAGCACUAUUUCGUGCGGUCUCGCCCCGGUAGUGGGCGCAGCGGAGCCUAUGAGACCAUUCUAUUUGUCUGAACGAAUGGAUGCCAACGCAUCGGGACCUCGUGRCCGAUCACAAACCAAAGCCAACGAUUCGACGCUGAAUUGCUAUUGCACUAAAAACAUAGAAAUAGAUAUUACAGUAUACU